CUGUCCUUAUUAUGUGCAUGUACCUUAACUUUAGUAAAAAGAAAACACUAUGGUUUUUAUAACUGAAGAUUUAAUAAGAAAACGAGCUGAACAUAAUGAAUGCGAAAUAUCAACUCUGGAGGAGAUCUCUUUGCACCAAUGUGAUGUUGAACGAAUCGAAUACCUAGACAAGUGGUGUCGCCAACUGAAGAUAUUAUACUUGCAAGCUAACUUGAUCCCAAAAAUUGAAAACAUAUCUCGGUUGAAAAAAUUAGAAUACUUGAAUUUGGCACUUAAUAAUAUUACUCUGGUAGAGAACCUUGAAGGAUGUGAGUCGUUGAGCAAGUUAGACCUAACCGUGAAUUUCAUUGGAAAAGUUACCAGUGUUGAAUGCUUGAGAGGUAAUCAGUUUUUACGCGAUUUAUAUCUCACUGGAAAUCCAUGUACGGAUUUUGUGGGUUAUCGAGACUAUGUUAUUGCAGCAUUGCCUCAGUUAACACAUCUAGAUGGAGUGGAAAUUAACAAAUCAGCUCGUAUUUUGGCUGUGCAAAAAUUAAGUAGUCUCAAGUGUGAAAUACUGCGACAGGAAAAGUUAUACGAAGAAAAACGAGUCAGAGAAAAAAUGGACAAUAAUAACGAAGGAAAAGCUGGUUUCAACAAAGAGUGGUACACUAACACGCAAAACGCUCACAUGGAGAAGAAUGGUGAUAAAAAACAGGAUAUAGGAGAAGACAACUUUUGGUCCAAACCGACUGCGUACACACCGGAAAGUCGUAUGGAGACGCAUCGAUACAUGGAAGAGAAAAAGAAAGAGAAAGAAGAGCAGAAAUCGAAAUAUUUGGAUCCCAAUCCAAAGAAACGAGAGAUUCGUUUUUUCACAGACGAUGGCCGUCCAUUGAAUAUUAAUCAAGCUCAAAUUGAUUUUCAUUUGGAAGAUGACGAUGAAAAUGGUUGCUUCAUUUUGACGGUGUCCUGUUAUAAACAUUUAGAUACGUCGCUUAUUGACGUCGACGUGCAACCGAUGUAUGUUCGAGUUAACAUUAAAGAAAAAGUUUUCCAACUUGCUUUCAUUGAAGAAGUUAGUCCUGAUGCCAGCUCGGCGCAGCGUUCACAAACUACUGGACACUUAGUGUUGACUCUACCAAAGUUGAAAUAUAUUUUAGACAGCAGUUUAAAAAAGACGAAAAAUACAGGUAGUAAAAAAAUGGAACUGAAUACAGGAAAAAAGAGCGACACUCUAAAAUCUGACGUAAAGGAUGCAACGAAACACAUUGAAAAGUUGGAAGUUAGUGAGUAUGAUAGCAAAGUAGAUAUACAUAACAUCGUACAAGAGGAGGCAUGUGAGACAAAAGGGUUUAAUCCUAAGUUAUAUACAAAACGGAAAAACAAUAUCCAACGAGAAAACGACAUCAAAAUCAAAGCGAAAGAACAGUUUGUCGACGAUCCUGACGUACCGCCUUUGACGUAGUAAUAAACAUCGUUUAUUUAUUUAUUUAUCGUUGGCGGUUCAAUUUGAUUUGCCAGGAAAAAACCUGAAUUUUUGUUGACCUCAUGCUCAGAGCUUCUUAGGUUUUUAUAUUUUCGUAUGGUGAAUAAUUUUAUUUAUCUUUUUAUCUUUUAAGACUACAUAUGUAAAUUAAGAGUUUUAAUAUAUUUUUGAAGUAAA